AUGGCCAUGUCCACCGCGUCCAAGUCCUUUGCUAUCAACGGCCCGCACACGGCAGGCCUCUUUGCAGACAUGAGCGUUGACGGCCCCAUCAUCGGCACUCUCGUUGCGAUUGUCGAUCGCGCGAAGAACUUGCCCAACCGCAAGACCAUUGGCAAGCAGGAUCCUUAUUGCGCGGCGAGACUGGGAAAAGAAGCCAAGAAGACGGCGACAGAUGUCAGAGGCGGCCAGACGCCCAAGUGGGACCAAGAGCUCCGGUUUACGGUGCACGACUCGGCCGACUACUAUCAACUCAAAGUCUCCGUCUUCACCGACGAUAAGAAAACAGACCUCAUCGGAGAGUCGUGGAUCGACCUCAAGGGCAUCAUUAUUCCUGGAGGCGGCCAGAACGAUGUGUGGCAGACCCUGACCUGUCGCGGCAAGUAUGCGGGGGAAAUCCGACUCGAAAUCACCUUCUAUGACAGCCGGCCCAAGCCCGACAAGCCUGCCGCCAGACCGAGACAGUCCAUGGGCGGCGAGCUGGAGAACACAUCGCCUAAGCGCAAGGAAAUGGUCAAGAGACGUCCCCUACCCACCGAUCCCGUCACCGGCGAGGUCACUGCGACCCCCUCAGACUAUCACCAAUCGCCUUCUCGGCCUCAGGGCAAGCCCAUCUCGCACUCACCGUAUGGCUCUACCAACUCUCUCGGCGAAACUGCCGAGUAUGGCACUCCACCGCAGGGAAGCACUCGAUCCCGCCAUGCAGACUACUUUUCUUCACACUCACCUAGCGCCCAAAGCCAUGGCUCCGGUCGUGUUGAGGGACCUCGCCAGCCACGCCCGACACGGCAGGACUCGUACGAGAGAGAGCGAGGCUAUAGCCAAAAGAUACCCGUGACGUCCUCCUAUGAGCAGCAUGACCCUCGAGGUAGCAGCUAUUCGCUUGCAGGAGAAACGUAUGAUAUGAACCCCACAGAUGAUGCUGCGCAGUAUUCUCCUCACGGAGGCCCCCGACAGGCGGCUCCUCCUCCACCCGCCCACCGAUCACGGCAUAGCACUAGCCAGGAGGGUCUGCAACGGAGAAAUGAAUCACCUCAGAGGGCCGUUCCGCCUGCAUCCAUGAGAUCUGAUGUUUUGAAGAAUGAGGCUCAUAGAAACACCACGCCAACCUACCCUGGCCGCCCACAGUUCCGGCCCUAUGACCCGAGCCUAACAGCUCAGCCCCCCAUUCAGAAAGCCAUUGCAUAUGAGCCGCACAACUCUUACGAUGCCUAUGAUGCCCAAUAUCGUUCCAUGCAACCCACCGUAGAGGACGUCCCGGAAUCGCCUCCAGGCUCUAUGCGGAACAGGCCUCGCCGAAGUAUCCCUGGGCUGGAUGAGAUUGUGUAUGACGCUGGCCAGAUGCCCAUGUCAAAUGGCCUCAGUCGUUCCCCAGGAGCAUCUGCUGGUUUUCUAAGCCAAUCCCCGGGAGCUUAUCCGACAUAUCAGGAGCAGCCCAGGAAUCAAAAUUCUGUCUCCCCUCUGUCGGCGAGAGAUUACACUGAAAGUCCAGGACAGAUGACGCAGUAUUCUUACAGCAGCCAAAGCCAGCGCCCUAAUCAACAGCGCGAGCACGAGACCACCUACAUCCAGAGUUCUCCGAGCUACGGACUCCCCGCGUUGCCGCCGUCUCUGGCUCCUGGAGUAGACCCCAACAUGGUUCAAGAGAUAUCCGACAGGGCAUACGAAGAAAGGCAUUAUGAUCGAUACAAUAACCACAACAAUCAAAUUGUAAGCACCUCUCUUCGAGACCGCCAUAGGAGCGAGCCGCCGCCACCUUCUCAUGAGCCAGCCUUUGGCACCUCGCCGCAGGCCUACGAAUCAUACGACAGACCAAGAUCGGGUACCUAUGGCGGUGGACCUGACCCGCAUGCGCAGGGAUAUCGAAAUGCUUCCCCUAAUCCCCGAGAUGCUUCCCCUAAUCCCCAGCAUAGGAUUCGGCGCAAGUCGGUCAGCCCUGCACCUCGUUCUUCGGACAAUAGGAGGCACUCAGACAUUCCGUUCAGUCCAGACUCCUACGAAGCGUUUAACCCUAGAGUGUCUUCUAGGGAUGGAUCACCUGGGCUCGAUCCGUCAGAUUCGCCUUCCAAGAUUGUGACACACGAUGGUCGAGAAAUUGACCCAUCUGAUCAUCUACCCGAAGAGUCUUGGGCUCCUGAGCCUGAGACCAAACCUUCUCCUCAAGAGCCUGCGCAGUCUCGAACCAGACCGCCCUUGUCUGGAGCGCAGCCGAUGCCCCCGAGCGGCCGGAGACCCCUCCGAAUCAGCAUGGCGAGAACCUCGCAGGCGGUGGUGCCGUCCAACGCCUACGGCUACUCAGAAGGACCGCGUGCUCCCCCUCCCCCGGCUCAAGGUGGGCGACAGCGUCUGCAAAAGAAGACCCGUCAUUCUAUGGGACCGACAACGUCGGCUCCAAACCCAGGCAACUUCCAAUACAGCUCAACUCGUUCACGCGCUGGCGCGUGGGAUUACCCAAACGACAACUACACGCCUCAGUAUAACGGCGGUCACCAAGGACCUCCUAUUCCAGCCAAAGUGCCACUCCCCAUCAUGAGCGGCGCCAAUGGAGGGGCGGAAGAUAUGGCUCUGAUUCAGGAAAUGUCAACAAUUGACAUUGGCACAGGGCGUUCCAGACGGCGAGGAGGAUUUUGA